UCACGUUGGGAGUCAUAUGACAGGGCGCACUUCCGGUAGACUCUUGGCACUCGGGGCCGAUUCCGAGGAGACCCGAGUGAGCCGUGCUGUUUCCCAGCCGAAUCUCUCAUCUUGUCUUUAUUUUCUUUUUGGUUUUCUUUUGUGUCGCCCGUUUUUCUUUCGGCCGCUGUCAAGAUGCUGGCCUUAAUAAACAGGCUGCUGGACUGGUUCAAAUCCCUGUUCUGGAAGGAGGAGAUGGAGCUGACGCUGGUGGGGCUACAGUAUUCGGGGAAGACCACCUUUGUCAAUGUCAUAGCGUCUGGCCAGUUCAGUGAAGACAUGAUACCAACAGUGGGAUUCAACAUGAGAAAAGUGACAAAGGGCAAUGUAACGAUAAAGAUUUGGGAUAUAGGAGGGCAGCCAAGGUUUAGGAGCAUGUGGGAGCGGUACUGUAGAGGAGUUAAUGCAAUUGUUUACAUGGUUGAUGCUGCAGACCGUGAAAAGAUCGAGGCCUCCAGAAAUGAGUUGCACAAUCUUUUAGACAAACCACAGCUACAAGGAAUACCGGUUUUAGUUCUGGGAAACAAACGAGACUUGCCCAAUGCAUUGGAUGAAAAACAGCUGAUUGAAAAAAUGAAUUUGGCAGCUAUUCAAGACAGAGAAAUUUGUUGCUAUUCAAUUUCUUGUAAAGAAAAAGAUAAUAUAGAUAUUACUCUACAGUGGCUUAUCCAGCACUCAAAAUCCCGAAGGAGCUGAGUGAGUGGGAAAUGCACCCUGUGUCACAUCUAUUCCACCGUCUCUGCUCACUCGGUGACAAUGUAACCACAUCUACCAACAGAUAAUUUUUUUCCCCCCUCUAGUUCACUUAUUAUUUUUCUAACAUCCCAUUCUGUGCACUGUUCAAGACCUGUAAUGCUGAGUAAGAACCAAUGUGAACUGAAAAAUCUCAUGAUCUCUAGUGGGAGUUAGAAUGCUGCUACAGUGCUGGUCCGUCAUUGCCUUUGAUAUGCCAAAUCACAGGAAUUCAGGUGUUUGUGCUUUUCUUUUUUAAAACAUUGGAGAAUGAUUUUGUUUUUUCAUUUGUAACUUUUUUUGAUAUUGUAUAAGGAAUUUAUCACUUAAGCACAUUUGUUAAAAACCGCCUUGUAAAGACAAUAAAUGGAUUGUACAUUAUUAUACAGUACGUAGUGUAGGCUGAGACUGUUGCCAUAUUAUACUAGCCUGCUGAAAAAGAAGUUAGUCCAACUUUCUUUACCUGCUGGUUGUUUCCUCCUGCCGUCUUAAGUUUUAUAAAUGACGUGGUCCUACUUUCAUAUUUGGACAUGCCACGAUUUUUGAAAACCCAAGUAAUGAGUUGAUUAUGUUGGCUCAAUUAUCGUGUAGUGCUAUUUUUGAGAUUUAAUUUGUACAUAUGAGAGUGUAGAUGUUAAAACAGGCACUCUACAGUGAAUGUCACAAAUAAUCUUUCACCAUUUUUGUAAAAUAGCUACAACUUGCAAUGCUUUUCAUGUCCACCAGAUUGUGCUGCAGAGUUUCAAUGUGCCUUCUGCAAUAGCUCCCAUUGCUUAGACCAAAACUGAGUUCCAGCAGGUGCAGAAGAAAAAUAAAUCCUGCAAAUCACAAACUGUUUGUUUUAUUUAUUUUAUUUUUUUGGUAAUAAAAAGCAUGCUUCUGACAUAGGCUUGACAUAAUUUGUCACUUACAUAAGGUCAUAAUGCUGUGGUGGUGGAUAAGAUUUUUAUUUACUACUUCUGUAUUGAACUAUUAUAUUAUGGUAACUGUAGCAAUCUUUUAUUUAAUGUAUUUUCUGUACAUGUGUAUGUAAUAUAAAAUGUCAAUAAUGAUAAUGCUGGAGCACAGAGGUAAUAUUCUUUUCCCCCACUUAGGGUAUAUACAGUCAGAUUAUUAUUGUUCACAAUUGUACAGUUUCUCCAUUUUUUUUUUUUUUAAUCAUUUGGUAAUGGAGACUCUCCCCAAAAAUUCUUGAAGGAACAAAGAGAGCGUAAAAUGUUUAAUUUUUUCAUCAACCGUAGAAACUAAGAAAUGAAGGUCUUUUACGAUAAUUCUUUUAAGAGAAAUAAUUAUUCAUUCUUAUAAAAUAGAGCAAAUCUAAGUCUUUGUGUAAUUGCAGUUAAAAAAAAAAAAAUCCUGUCCUCAUAUUGAAGUCUUCCAUUACUCUGUUAAAUUCAUGAAGAACUGGAAAAUAAUUCAUAGUCACAACAGCGUAUAAACGUACCAUUCAUCCAAGUUAACUUUUAACUUGCAUUUGUUUACUGGUAUAGCUAAAUUUGACUUUAGGGGGUUUAGAGUUGAUGGAUAAAUCUCAGAGGGGAGGGUCCUGCACCUCU